AAGAAGAAACAACAGACAAGACAAAAUGGCCGUAGAAGAAAACUAGCUGGAUGCUUGGCUAGUGUAAACAUCCAUCAACAGCAGGCUGGAGUUGUGGCGACGAUAAGUCUCGCUAACUUUGGUUGAAGGAUGACGAGCCAGCGGCGCGGCAUCCACCUGGACCAAUCAGAGCUGCUCUGCACGAAAGGAUGUGGCUUCUAUGGCAACACAGCUUGGCAGGGCCUCUGCUCGAAGUGCUGGCGAGAAGAAAACCAGCGAGAGAAGCAAAAACAGAUUCAAGAAGACUGGGCACUCGCUGAAAAGCUGCAGAGAGAGGAAGAGGAAGCUUAUGCAAGCAGGCAUCAGAAGCCCCAAUCACAGUCGACCAUCACGCCCUUCAGCAAGUUCGAGGAAAGAAAAACUAAGGAGAAGUCGAGCAAAGUCCAUACCGUCACAAAGUUUUUUAGUCCUUCUACAAAAACACCACCGAAAAAGGACUCUCCUUUCGACGCACAGUCCAGCCCAAGCCCCAGCUCCUCUACGGGCCGCCAUUCCUCCGUUGACAGCGACCAUGCGACCCGAGAGUUCAUUGAUUUCCUCAAGCCUCUCAAGUCUGGCAGGGAGAUCUUCAAACAGUGCCGGGCCUUUACGGAGAGCAUGGUCUAUAAGCGGGACAUGGGUGCUGAUGAGCUGUCAGAGUGUGUGCAGGACUUCUACCAGAACCUCUCUGAUCGCCUCCAGACCCAGUUCAAAGGUUCUUCAGAUCACGUAGAGAGCGUUAUGGAUGAGGUAGAGAAGUACAUGAUGACUCGUCUUUACAAGGAAGUCUUCUGUCCUGAGACCACAGACGAUGAGAAGAAAGACCUGGCCAUUCAAAAGAGAAUCCGAGCCUUGCAUUGGGUCACCAUUGAGAUGCUCUGUGUUCCUGUAGAAGAGGAGAUCCCGGAGGUGUCUGAUAGUGUAGUCAAAGCCAUCACAGAUGUGAUUGAAAUGGAUUCAAAGCGUGUGCCCAAGGAAAAGCUGGCCUGCAUCACCCGUUGCAGCAAGCACAUCUUCAACGCCAUCAAAGUCAGCAAGAAAGAGGCCGCGUCUGCCGAUGACUUCCUCCCCACGCUCAUCUACAUUGUGCUGAAAGCAAAUCCACCGCGGCUGCAGUCCAACAUCCAGUACAUCACCCGCUUCAGCAACCCCAGCAGGCUGAUGACUGGAGAGGAUGGUUACUACUUCACCAAUCUGUGCUGUGCUGUGGCCUUCAUUGAGAAGCUAGACGGUCAGUCUUUGAACCUAAGCUCAGAGGAGUUCGAGCUCUACAUGUCGGGCCAGGCAUCCCCUAACUGGCCCCAGGCCUCCGGGGCGUCUUCCUGCUCCCCGGGCAGCGCGGCUCUCAGUCAGGUCCACACGCGGCUCGACCUGCUGACGGGGCUCGGGGAGCGGCAGGAGCGGGUCAUGGAGAAGGCUCGCCAGAUGGAGAGCGAUCUCAUCGACUGGACGGACGAAGUGGAGCAGAAGGUGCAGAGCGUCCUUGAGAGCUUCCCUGCAGAGACAAAAGACCCGGCUGCAGCCGCUCCUAGCGGGACGACGUCCGCGGCAUCGUCGGCAAUCGACGCAGAUAAUGUGGAGAACGAGCUCCUGCCGCCACCAUUACAACCGCAAGUGUUUGCUGGUUGACGUGAAGAGCUCUACUCUAACAAAAAAAAAAAUCCUGAAGAGGCUUUACUCCACCCUCCUCCUUCUCCCUUGGCUGUCCAUGUGCACAUACAACAGGCAUCCAAUAUGGAUCCUAUUUUCACUCCAGACAUCUCUAUUCCAUCCAUGCAUUGUCCUGAAGGCCCUAAAAUGACACAUAACAUUUGUGAACCAUAGUCUGAAACUUCUGAAGCGAAGAAGAUGAAUGACCUCUCUUGUGUUUUUAUCAUCAAUAUGAAGCUGUAGCCGCUUAGCUUAGCUUAGCUUGGCCUCCAUGUGAAAGGCUUGGAUAAGAAAGAAACUAUUAGCCAAGCUCUUCACAUAGGUAAAAAAAAUAAAAAUAAACAGCCCAAACCAUUACAACUUAGCAAUGACUACAUUCGAUUUUAUUUUUUCGAUUUGUUACAAAAAGGAGUUCAAACAGUAUUUCUUUUUUGUCUCUUGGUGAUCUUGUAGCUCUUUCUCCUUGCUUCCAGUCCUUGUGCUAAGCUAAUGGUCUCAUCAGAAUCAGAAUCGGGGGUUUAUAGCCAAGUACAUUUACACAUACGAGGAAUUUGACUUGGUGUAUUGGUGCUAUUCAAUUUAACAGGGGAAUAAAGCAGAACUAGCAACAACAUGGCUACAGCUUUAAUGUUGAUGGACAAACAUUCGGUUGGUCUUCUCGAUCUUCUAAUUAAACUUUCUGUAAGACAGCAAAGAUGCAAUUCCUCAAAAUGUCCAAGAGGCACGGCUCACUCCCUGCAUAUUGUCGUAGUCAUUAAGUCAAGGACCCGGUGCAGCAUCUUUGGUAAACCCCUCACUUUCUUCUUCUGUUACAGUUUUAGGAGAAGACGUGUUGACUCAGCCAAGUCAUUUUGUGUUCCCAGGCUAUUUGGGAAAUAUAAUCCCCCCCCCCCCUCCUCCCUGUUCCCACUGUGCUCUAAAUUUUACACAGUUUGGCAUCCAGGAGGCACCCUGACACGAUGCCCAGACCACCUGAACUGGCUCCUUUAAAUACGAAACAGCAGAAACUAAGACUCCCCCUCCCAAACUCUCCUAACGCAUCGUCGUCAGCACCUCAGUACUUCAUCCUUGGGAGUUGUUGUAACGUUUGUGCAGACAGGGUAAAUGGUUUGAUGUGAUUUUUUUUAAACAUCCUUCUGUUGUAUAUUUAACCCUUCACAGAAGAUUUUUGUUAACUGUGUUAAAACGUCUCCAGAUGAAGUGGAGACUUAAAGCGGCACACGAGUCACAUUGAAUAACAUUUCACUCAAAAAUCCGAUUUUUUUUUUUUUUACAAAGGAAGCUGAGAAAUCUGAGUUGUGCAAAACUUAACUUCCCCCACCCUAAAUUAUCCCCUACAUCACUGAUCGUGAUUUGUGCUGUAUUAAUGUCUACCCACCCCCACCCCCACCCCCGUCCUUCUGAGAAAUAUCCGGAAAGAAAGAGAUGUGCGGGUGAGGCAGUUGUGCAUGCCAGUUAGCGUGUGUGUGUGAAGGAGAGUGUGUGAGUUGCAUGGACAUGUUCCGCUAAUAAUCAAUGAGUCAUGAAGUCCUCCAGUUCCGCGUAAGGAUAUCGUAGUCUUGUUUUUAUGCCAGACCUCUCAAUCCAGGCGUAAGCUGGAUGUACAGAAGUGAUUUUAUUUUUCUAUAGAGUGGCAGGUAUCAAUUCUUUUGGAUUCAAUAGGAAAACAUUAAUCCUGUAAUAUUUACAGUAGUAGUUAAUGAACAUUGCUUGAAGACAUUGUUACAUGAAUCUAAUGAUAAUAUAGGAACAUUUUCAUCCGUUAGUUCAUCUUCUCUGACGGGUUUCAUAGGAUGUCCAGUUUUAAAAAAAAAAAUUAAAAAAAAUCAGUUAAAGGCAAUUUUAGUUUUUAAUCAGAGUGGGUGUGUUUGGUAUAUGUGAAAACAGAUGAUGCUGUUUUACCCCUAGACACGGGACUUCAAAAUCACUCCUAAGGCUGUUUGCUGCACUUCAGGAAAAUAAUGACAUGACCAAUUUAAUUUAUGUUGAAGCACUUUUCUUCAGUGUAGUUUGAAUGCUCUUUAAUUGAGGAGUUCAUGGAAUGAAGGUAGCAAAGACUGUAAUACUGAAUAGGAAGGUCCAUUGGUGAAAACAGUGUUGAAGGCUGUUGCAGCACAGAUGAAUGUCUUCUGUGUGUUCUGCAGUCAUGUAGUUGGAGAAAUGUUUGGGAGAGUUUUAUUGUCGGUGGUUUUUCUUUGCUCAUGAGCUAAGAUUUCUUUCUGUUACUAUAGCUCUGAAUCAUUUUUUUGAGACUCUUAUUUGGAACAGUAUAUUCCGUGUGCAUUUGCUGUCCAAUUAUAGUUUGAGACAAAGACUCUAAAUGCAAUAGCUUGAAUACAUUCAUAUUGCACUGUAUGCAGAAGCCAUUACGAUGAAAACAUCUUUGUAACCUUAUAGGUUUGUUAAUGUAUCAUUUGGAAGAAAGUAUCUCAAUACUGUCUUUUAUUUAAAUGUAACUUAUUGGGGCAGUAUUGGAUUAUUUGCAUCUCUGGGUGUGUGAUGAUUAAUAAAAGAUGAAAACGCA